CCUGUUAGGGACUUGUCUUGGCGGUGAGAGUAGACCCCAACAAAACUCGUGUUUUGUUUCUGCAGUACAACUUCGACACGACACGACACGACGGGGUUUAAUUCACAAGACAUUCAAGACAUGGAUUUUCUGUCUCGACACACCGAGUGUCUGUCCAAGUGGCAGCUGGAGCUGGCGCCCGGGCUGCAGACCGUGGGUGCGGUUGUCUUGCUUGCCACGGGGGGGUUGUAUAUCGCGUCACAUUUCUUGACUUUUGUCCGGGUUAUUCUGAGCCUGUUUGUGCUUCCGGGGAAGCCGGUAAGUGUUUUACUAUUGUUCAACUAUUUUCUUCUAUUGCUGUUGAGAAACUCCUUGCUGACCAUCCAGCUACGCUCAUUCGGCCCCAAAGGCAGUUGGGCGGUGGUGACAGGAGCCUCUGAUGGACUGGGCAAGGAAUUCGCGCUGCAGCUCGCGCGGGCCAACUUCAACGUGCUGCUUGUGUCGCGGACUGCGUCGAAGCUGGCGGAUCUAGCGGAGGAGAUUGGAGGCAAGUCACCGUCGGUGCAGACGCGGACGCUGGCCAUGGACUUUGCGCGCGACGACGAGGGCGACUACGAGAAACUGAAGGCGGCGGUGGAGGAGCUGGACGUGGCGAUCCUGGUCAACAACGUGGGCAAGAGCCACAGCAUCCCGACGCCGUUCGCGUUGACGCCCGAGGAGGAAAUGAAGGACAUCAUCACGGUCAACUGCACGGGCACGCUGCGGGUGACGCAGCUCGUGGUGCCGGGCAUGAUGCAGCGCAAGCGCGGGCUCAUCCUGACGCUCGGCUCGUUCUCCGCCCUGCUCCCCACCCCGCUGCUGGCCACUUACUCCGGCAGCAAGGGAUUCCUGCAGAUGUGGUCCUCGUCGCUGGGCUCCGAGCUCGAGCCCUACGGCGUCACCGUCGAGCUGGUCCAGGCCUACCUCAUCACCUCCGCCAUGUCCAAGAUCCGCCGUGCCUCCGCUACGAUCCCUACCCCGCGCGCCUUUGUCCAGGCCACCCUGGCCAAGAUCGGCCGCAACGGCGGCUCCCCUUCGUAUGCCUACACCUCGUCGCCGUACUGGAGCCACGGUCUGAUGGCCUGGUUCCUGACCUGCGUGACGGGCGUCAUGAACAAGUUUGUCAUCGGCCAGAACAGGGGGUUCCAUGAAGCGAUUCGCAAGCGCGCCCUGCGCAAGGCGGAGCGUGAGAACGCAAAGAAGAGUACUUAGCUUCUAGUCUACGGUCUUUCCUUCUGGUGGUGCCAUACUCAUAGCAUGAGUUUUCAAAUAAUUCAUGUCUACCUAGUACCUAGAAUAUUGCUGACUCCGAGAAAUCUCCGACUAUACCUGACCCGAGUCAUUACCAGUAUCCCCAAACUUCCAACUUGGUCUAUCUGAUUUUCAGUCAAUACGAACUAGGUUGGUAUAAUUUUCAGUCAAUACGUACUACUAGGUUAGUAGGUAGGAACCUAGGUAACGUACUGUUAUAAGAUAUUCCGUACAUACCGUAAGCUGUAGGGUAGUAUUACUCAAUAAAUAUCUACAUAAAUAAUGUACAUGCAAUCCAGUCUCACCGAAAGCUAAACCGAGCAGCUCGAAAAUAAGAGUCCAAUCCUCGGAUGCAGUAGUGGACGGGCAGGUUCCGAGGGAUCAACGAUGGUCAGUGAGGCGAGCACAGCUACCAAACACGUACCUGGUGGAUUCU